UGUGUUUCCCUCUCCCCCUCACUCGUCUCCGUGGUCUUCGCCAGCAGCGCUCGCGUGUUCCGUUACCAAGACAAUCACGGAUCACGAGGCUCAUCGUUCCGUCCCCGCGUCUCCCGUUACCGGAGUCACGGGUAUGUCGAAUCCCAGGAAGGACUUUGACGUGAAACAGAUCUUGCGUAUCCGAUGGCGAUGGUUCGGUCACCCCACGUCUCCUCCCGGUAAUCAGCCUACGGGAGAUCACUUCAGCAACAGCCGGGGAACGGGGGGUUCCUCAUCCAGUGGCGACCAGCCCUCCCUCGGUGGCUGCGGUAGCGCCGGUGCCAGCCCAAGUAACGUCAACUCUUCCUCUAACAUCAACAACAAUCGAAAGUUUGGAGAUGCGGUUCCCGGCAACGGGCUCUCGACAGCGGCAGUGGGCGCCUCCGCGUGCCCUCGGUCCAUGAGCCAGCAGGAGUGCCGGAGCCCUCCGCCGCCGCCGUGGGUCUUCCCGGCUCAUUCCCGCUCUAGCGAGAACCUGGAGCCGCUUCAGCAGCAGCAGCCGCCGCCGUCCACGCGUGUGCCAGAAGCUCCGGGUCCGGGAGAUGAAGAAAACAACAAUCACAACGUGGAGUCUGACUCCAGCUCCUGCAGGACAUCCAACAGCACUGCGACGUUGUCCUCAUGUGCGUCGAUGGAGCCGUGUGUAUCAGAUGAACACUUCCAGGCACACAGUCACGCUGAACACACCUUCAGACGCAUGGAGACCUACCUGAGGACCAGGAAGCUGUGUGAUGUUGUCCUUCUCGCUGGGGAACGCAGAAUACCAGCACACAG